AUGUCCUGCCCAACAAUUGUUGCCGCCACCCACGUUACAAAUGGUGUUACCUCCGUUGAGUGCCACAAGCAAGUCCGUUCAUGGCGGAUUUUGCGCUCCCUUAUGGAACUCCUUAUUCCAACCUGCAACCGCACCUUCAACCACGGUCAAGAAAUCAAACAUGAAUGCUACUUUCAAACCGAUUAUCUAAAGCCCGUUUACACUACUUUUCCUAGUGUAAUAACAGGUACCAUCUUCGGUUACCGUAGGGGAAAACUCAGCUUCUGUAUCCAAGCAAAUUCCAAGUCCACCAACCCAUUUCUCCUCCUAGAGUUUGCAGUUCCUAUAGCUGUUUUGGCUCGAGAAAUGCAGGGUGGUAUCCUCCGAAUUGCGCUGGACUGCACCGUUUCAGGGAAUUUUUCGAGCUCGGAUUCAGUUUUGUCGAUGCCAUUGUGGACUAUGUACUGUAAUGGAAGGAAAGUUGGGUACGCAGUUAAACGCAGGCCAUCGAAAUCUGAUAUAGAUGCUUUUAGGCUAAUGAGUUCAGUCGUUGUUGGUGCUGGAAUGAUUCGUGGAAAAGAGCUUGAUAAUGAUGAUGAACUUAUGUACCUGAGGGCCAACUUUGAAAGAGCUCGUGGUUCAUCUCAUACUGAAUCGUUCCGUUUGAUUGAUCCCGACGGGAACAUCGGUCAAGAGCUUAGUAUUUCCUUUUACCGGUCAAGGUGA